AUGGCGGAGGAAGUCAUCAAUAGUUUGGAAAACAUGAAACUGACUACAGAAGAAGAAGAGGUUAUUGCUAUUUCGGAGGAGGGUCGUCAGGAAGAAAUUGAAAGUUGUGUGCUAAGUCUAAUUGGGAAAAUUCUUACGUGUAAGCCUUUUAACAAGAAAGCAGCCCAGAAUACGUUGAGAAGAGCUUGGGGGCUGAAUGAGGAGCUGCAGAUUAUUGAAGUGGGGGCAAACCUAUUCCAAUUUAAAUUCAGAUCAGAGUUUGAGAUGGAGCGGGUGUGGAAAGGCGGGCCGUGGACAUUUGAUAAUCAAGUUUUAAUGUUGCGUAAAUGGCAACCAGGGAUGACAGCAAAGAAUGUUCAGUUUGAAGCAGUUCCACUAUGGGUGCAAAUUUGGGAUGCUCCAUUUGAUAUGACAUGUCCCAGAGUUGCGAGAGAGGUGGGGAGUAGAUUGGGUGUAGUGGAAGAGGUUGAACGGAGACAAAGGCAAGACCAGCAGAACCUGUUCAUGAGAGUCAAGGUGGCCAUUCCAAUAUCCAAACCGUUGAGGCGGGGAGGUUAUCUAGCAGGAUCGGAUGGGGAAAAGGUCUGGACCACGUUUAAGUAUGAGCGCUUGCCAAUGUUCUGUCACCACUGUGGGCUGAUGGGGCAUGAUAUCAAGCAUUGUGCGAAGUACUUUGCAUUAACAAAGAAUGGUAAGGAAGCUCCUAUGCAAUAUGGCGAGUGGUUGAAAGCAAGUGGAGGGCGGAUGUGGCAAAACCCAGGGCGGCAGUCCAGAAACAAUACGGCGGAGGAGGAAGGAAGAGUGAAACCCAACGAUCUGGGUAGGGCGGCGGCUGCUAGACACGAUGAGGAAAACCCUAGCGAGCAAGACGGUAACGGAAAAGGGAAUAACGGUAAGGUGGGGAAUAAUAAAGAAGCUGGAGUUAAUGGGGGCGAGAUUUCAGCGCAUUUUGAAACGAAUAUGGAUUGGCUAUCAACGGGCGAUAUGAGCAUUAAUUCUUUGGGGAGGAAUCCGGAGUCAAAUAGGAAUAAUGAGGAGUUAUUGCUGCAUGAUCCAAGGAGCAUGGUGCAUGAAGGAGGGAACGUAAAUCAUGAAGAAAAAAAAGAGAUGCAUGAAGAACGGUUAGUAAGGCUUGUAGAGCAGAACGUGGGGCCAGGGGAAAGUCAGCGUGUGGAAGAGAAGGCAAGUAAUGGGCCAAAGGGGACUAAAUCAAGGCCCACAUGGACCAGGAUAGCCCGUGUGAGUGAAGGAAGUAAAAACUCAGGCUUUACUGAGCCCAACAUGAUAUUAGGCAAACGGAGUGUGCAACUUAGAGAAGGGGACAGUGAAGCAGAGAUGGGGGGUCAAAUGAGCAAACGUGAGAAGUUACAGGAGGAUGAUAUUACCAGCAGAACGGCAGGGGUGCAGGAUCACCCUUGCCGAGCACAAUGA